AUGUCCUUUAGAUUGUUUGUCCUUGUUCAGUUCAAAGGAUAUUCCAUCAAGAAAUGUCUGCAACACUGGAUCCUCUUCAUGCAGUACAGACGCAACAGGCCUCUAGCCGAUAGCACACUCCUGAGCUCAGUCACAGACAAACGAUAUCCCUGCUCUCGUCCAGCGAUCCACUCCCUUGGUCAGAAAACACCCAGCCGAUGUCUUCACACUGGACACUCACAGCACAGGAAAUUGCUCCCCUCUGCGUCUAUAAAUAUCUGCAACUCACCACCACCGUAUUUUAACCACAAAAAAAUGUAUAAAACGCCCAAGAGCUCCCAACAGUCAGAUACCCCACUCCUGAGCGGAGUUUUAGACGUCAUUUACCAGGCAAGAGAUAAGAGCACUGUCAAAUCUUUUGCUGUUGUCAAGUUCCUGAAGACAAACACAGUGGAUGCUGUGCCAACUAACUGGCUAGAGAGAACUGAAAAGACUUUGCUCUGCUAUUGGCCUCAGAAGAAUGUCACGGCCAAAGUUAAAAGGAGAGAGACACCAGAUAAAACACGUUGGGUCAAAUGCAAAGUCAAUGUUUUAACUUACACAGACACCUACAGAAAGGCCAGAGAAAAGGUGAACCAAGCAACAAUAACCUCUAAUUUGGAAAGUGACCAGGAAGAACAAACAGGCAGGAACAUUGUUAUUCCUGCUCGGUACCUCGACUCAGAUACAGACAUAGAUGAGCCCUCAGCCAAGAAAAUAAAGAAAAACCCUGCCACAUCUGCCACAAUAGAUCAUAUUCAACAGAUGCCAACAAUGCCUUCCUUCACUCCAUCAAUGGAUUUAUUUUCAGCCAGACACCACCAGGACAGUGCAAGUUUAACAACACAUUUGGACGUAACCUCAAUCAGGACUGUGCCACAUAGCAGUGGCAACGAUCCCUCCAACAUCAGUGGUCUGAAUACAACUCCAGGCACUCCAAAGGCCUGCCACAAGAUCCAUCCCACAACCCUGCAGAAGACAGUUGAAAACUGUAUAGCUGAUACCCUGAGCUAUGCUCCUCACAGAGGGACUCGGGUGAACAAUGAAGGACAGUCCAUGCGUCACAAUAAUGAAGACGCACCAGAGGCGAGUGCUAUAUGUCGAGACCAUGAAGAUGUAUCAGAGGAGAGUGCCAUGUUUGAACCUGCUGCCUCAGAUUGAUCCCUCUUUUCAAAUAAAAAACUUAAGUUCAGAAUGUUGUUUAUACUAGUUCAUAAUUUUUCAUUGUUGUAUAUGCUUUUUUAUUUUAUUGUUGUAUUUUUUAUUCAUACGGUUUACCAAUUAAAAUGUGCAA